CCUUCCCGAACGGAGAUUGCUCGUUAUAUUCCGGAAGAUUAUAUAUCUCGAGUUCGUGAUACUCACCAAUCAGGAGGCAGCAUUCCGCCUUCUGAUUCGCCUCCGACUGGCUCCUUAUUUGGUGUCACCUCGGCGACAGGCAUAGGUAGCCGGGGUUACCAGUAUACAUGGAAUCUAGAAGAGGCUGAGAAAAAUCUUCUUCGUACGCACACCACGGCGGUUAGCGCACGCAUGCUUUUUGAGCUCGCUCAACAGGUAAAUUUAUUGCUCUUUUUUUCAAUACUUAUGCCCCGAAGGGUAAAUUGA